AUGCGAAGCGCUUCAAUCCCGUUCCUUCUCGCAGGCUUCGUUGGGUACGCCUUCGCUGGCUUGCACCACCAUCAUGCUCACCUACAUCGCCAUCGCCAUUUGAUGCCACCUGCAGAAAACCUGGAACCCAGAGCCUUGGCUGUGGCGAAUGUGCCUCAUCUCCCCGAUGACUUUGUGGUGGAAUCAGUCACCCGCACGACUACGACUACGGUUUACGGGAAGUGCGCUCCAAUCAGCACCAUUCACUCUACGCUUACUCUCGUGAGGGAGGGACCUGAACCUACACUGUAUAAACCGGACAUCCCAGAACCAUUUCAAAAACACUGGUAUCAAUUGCAGCAGCAGGCGGAAGCGAUUCUCCCUGCGCCGACGAAUAUCCAGCCUGCUCAGACCCAGUUCACUCGCCCAACCGAACCGGAGGAGACCACAACCAGCUACAAGACAAAAACAAUCACCAAAACUGCAACGAAUACCGUACGAGUUACUGCAAACCCCGGAGCCGGUCCUGCACCACCUGCAAAUACAGCCUCGGAAUCUCCAAACGCAGGAAAAGCCAUUCCACUAGCAGACACGCUCCCAGGGGGCUUGUCCGAAGAAGCAAAAUCCGUCCCAGCAAAAGGCGGUCCCGCGCCUGCUCAUCGCCCAAAGACCAAAGUCAACGGGCCAAUAGACACUGUUCUCGGUCUACCAGGCCAGGUCCUCCCAGAUCUACCGGUAGUCAACGAGAUCCUUCCAGGACAAAAGCCAGAGACCCCGCCACCAGUGGAUUGGACAGCACUACCACCGAAAGGACAAUUCUCAACCAAGGGAUUCGGCGGCCGGACUCAACCAUCUCCACCACAAGAAAGGGAGAUCAACUACCGUGGCAACGUCGGCAAGCCCUGGGGAAGUAAUAUCAUCCUUGUCAGUCCCGCCCAGGCCCAUCUCUACAAAUACGUGGCGCAGUUCACCGGCUCGAACAAUGAGCCUUGGACUGUGGUGGUUUGGAACAAAAUCGGACCGGAUGGGAAGUUGACUGGCUGGUAUGGCCACUCUGCUCUAACGUUCACGCUUGCGCCUGGUGAGACGCGCUAUGUUGCGUUUGAUGAGGACUCGGAGGGUGCAUGGGGUGCUGCGCCCGGUGGGAAGUUACCUACUGAUCAGUGGGGCGGGUAUUCGUGUACCUGGGGUGAGUUUAGCUUCGGUGAUGGGGAGAAUAAUGGGUGGUCGGGCUGGGAUGUGUCUGCUAUUCAGGCUCAGGUUGCGGAGCAACAUGUGCAGGGGAUGUCGAUUUGUCAGGCUGAUGGGAAGGGGUGCUCGGUUAUUACGACUGGUGCUGGCAAGGUGGUUGAUGCUUAUAUUAAGUCGAAGAAACAUGUUAAUGGGAUUGGGGGUGCUGCCGCACCUGGUCCCGUGCGGUUGAAGGUGGUGUUGGAUUAUCGGGGAUGA